CGACAUUGGAAGGACUUAACCUUUUCUUUUGUAACGUAACCAAAUUUAAUGAAAGUCCUUUGAAGUAUUACGUGUUCCAGACAUUUUAUAAACAAUAUUUUAUAAGAGACUGAUUGAUUUGCGUACGAUGUGUGAUAAAUAAUUUGUUUAACUUACACUUUUUAAGAAUGCAAUGCCUGCCCGAAGGCGCCGUACUGGCUCAGAGACAGAGCCCUUUAUUGUUGUAGAAAGUAAUAAUAGGCCUUAUCAGGGAAACAACAACAACAACUUUCCUAACAAUGUGCCUGAGAGUUACUACUUAGACGACGAAGACGAUUUUGUGGAUAACUUUAUCGAGCCCGAACCUACCAUGACUGCGAGAGACAGAACCACCGAAUUUGCGAACACGAUCCAAUCGCUACAAGGGAGAAAUAUCAGCCGCGCGAUUGCUGCCGGUGACACCCGUAAAGCUAAAGUGAUACAGAGCCAUUCCGAGUUUAUGUUUAUUGCGAGGAAUGUGGGGAAAAAUAUUGCGAGUACUUUUGCAAAAUUAGAAAAAUUGACACUAUUGGCCAAAAGGAAGUCGUUAUUUGACGACCGGUCUGCCGAAAUUCAAGAGUUAACUUACAUAAUAAAAGGGGACCUUAAUAGUUUGAACCAACAAAUCGCUCAACUACAGGACGUCUCUCGAAAACAAAGACACAAUGGGAAGCACUUACAGUCGCAUUCUGGCAACAUCGUGCUUGCGUUGCAAUCGAAAUUGGCCACGAUGUCAACGGACUUCAAACAGAUCCUCGAGGUGCGCACAGAGAACUUGAAGCAGCAGAAAAAUAGGCGGGACCAAUUUUCAAAUGCUGUAGUCAAUACCAGUCUACCACCAUCAGCAGUUGCCGGCCAUCACCAAGGUAGCGUAUUAUUACACGAACAGGACGAAGUCAGUAUCAACUUGGAAAACGCCCCACUAAUCGCCCAACACAGUCAAUCGCAGGUCAUGCUGAUGUACGAUGAGACAGACAAUUAUCUACGCAACCGUGCUGAAACGAUGCAGAACAUCGAGUCCACGAUCGUAGAAUUGGGUGGAAUUUUUCAGCAGUUGGCCCAUAUGGUCAAAGAACAGGAGGAAAUGGUCGAGCGUAUCGACACGAAUAUACAAGACGCGGAAAUGAACAUAGAGGGUGCACACACGCAGAUUUUAAAAUAUUUUCAGUCAGUUUCUUCCAAUCGGUGGUUGAUGAUCAAAGUAUUCGGAGUUUUAAUUUUCUUCUUUAUAUUCUUCGUUGUUUUCUUAGCUUAAUACAAACUGUAUAUUUGUAUAUAUACUUCAAUUUUAUAUUAUAUCUACUAUUGCAAAUUUUGAACAACUCUGUAUUUAUUAGAUUUAAUGUAGGCUAUGUACAAUAAACACUUAUAUUUUCA